AUGUUUACACAUUGGCUUUGGAUUCUCGCGGUUCUGACUAACGUCAAUAGUUUACCGACACAAUGGAGAAGUGCAACUGUGAAGCGCGGUGUCACAGAUCUCGACAAACAGUAUGACUACGUUGUCGUGGGAGCAGGCACUGCUGGCACAACGGUAGCCGACCGAUUGAGUGAAGACGGUACUAAUACUGUGCUCAUGAUCGAAUUCGGCUCUCUCGCACUCGAUGACUCGUUCAUGCCGCCAUGGAACGUCCCUGCGCCAGAGUUUCUCUACAAUCUCACUUCAGUGCCACAACCAAACGUCAACAAUCGGACUUUCCCGGUAAUAAAUGGCCGUGUCGUUGGAGGGGCCAGUGCCGUCAAUGGCCAGCUCCACAAUCGAGGCAGUAGACACGAUUAUGAGAAUUGGUCCAAAUUUGCCGGGAAUGAGGGGUGGGAUUGGGAUAGCAUCUUUCCAUACUUUAAGAGAAGCUCAACAUUUCACGAGCCUACACAAGAAAUGAAGGAUUUCGGGAUGACGUACGAUCUGGGGGCAUGGGGCAACUCGACACCCAUCCAUGCAGCAUUCCCGCCCUACCAGUACCCCGGACAGAGAAUUCAGUGGAAAGGAUGGGUGGAGAAAGAGGGCGUUGUGGUGCAGAAGGAGCACGCCAACGGAGAUGCCCAUGGUGUCUUUUGGGUUCCGACUGCGAUGAAUCCUGAGACGGGUUACAACCGCAGCUUUGCAGGCAUUGGCCACUGGCUUGAGGUGCCACCCCGAGCAAACUACCAUCUUUUGACAUAG